UAAAAGCAAAUUGUAAAUUAGAACUUCUAUGCAUUGGUGGAUUAAAAUGGCAUAAGCCAAUUUCUGAUCAGACAAUAAUUGCAAUUGCUUCCUCAUGCCCUAAUCUUCACUACCUUUCUUUAACGGGUUGUCAUAACAUCAUUGACAAUUCGGUUAAUAAAUUGUUACAACAUAUUCAUAAUCUAAAAUACCUCGAACUCAAUCAAUGUAGACUUAUUACUGAUUUAUCUAUCCGUAGUGUCGCUAACUCUUGCCCAAAUCUCGAACAUCUUGACAUCGGUGUCUGUGAUGCUUCCGAAAUGUCCAUCUGUAAUAUUGUACUAGGCACAACCGUUAGUAAAGAUGCGCUGAGGAAACUUAGUCCAAAAAUUAAGAUAAAACAAGAUUCGGCACUCGAAAAAAUGCCAGAAGAAGAACUUAAUGAUCUCUGGACAUCACUUGUUUAUUUAACACAGAAUUUAUGGUUAACCUAUGCGAAUCUCGAAGAUAUU